AUGUCGUACUCUUCUAAUUCUAGGAGGUGACUGACCUUCGAUGGUGGGCUGCUGCGUGAGCCUCACCGGACUGAGAUUUCCAUUUUUGACAUCUCGUGUCCUGAGCUGAGGGCUGAUGGUAAAGGAGCGAACUACAAACGAAAAUCACCAAAGACGACGUGACAGACCAACUCUGGCAGAUAUUUUAUUGAGAUUUUCUUUGCCUGAUCAUUGAAGAUGAACUGAAACAAUUAAAAUUGACAUGGGUCUCUUUGUAGUCGUGCUGUGCGGCCUCAGCCUUCAAGUGAUGAUGGGGUGCACUGGAGCCACCAAGUCCUCUCGUGUUAACCUGCGCACUUUCACUGGCUGCGCAGUGCGGGAGUUCACCUUCCUGGCGAAGAAACCAGGCUGCCGAGGGAUGCGCAUUACUACUGAUGCUUGCUGGGGUCGCUGCGAGACAUGGGAGAAGCCAGUGCUCGACCCGCCCUACAUUGACGCCCACCACCAAGUCUGUACCUACAACGAGACGACGCUGGUGACCGUGAAGCUGCCUCACUGUGUCCCAGAUGCGGACCCUUACUACACGUACCCGGUGGCACUUCGCUGCGACUGUGGUGUGUGCUCCACCAGCAGCACCGAGUGCGAGACUUUAUAAAACUCCACGUGUGGGUGCCAGAAUUUCAUGGAGGUCUGGCAUGCCUUACUGAAAUGUCAGGGAAGAAACUUCCUGUUUUUUCAUAUGUAAUGUGUUAAUGGGGAUUGUGGAAGGGGUAGUAUAAAACCCAAGUGACAGCAGAUGUUUCCUUUUCAUUGCCAUCUUUGGAGGGUCGGUGGGGGGACAGGAACAUUUCUUGUG